UCUCCCGCCUCCGCGCCCGCCAGUUCACUCACCGCUCGCACACACGACGCACGCGCUAUCCGCUACGAGUGUACAGUGAUCAAAAUGGUGAAGUUCGAAGGAGACUUCAGUAUAAAUUCGAUUCUAAUGAAUCAUGCCGCGUCCAAGCCGCCGGCUUCGCCCUCGCCGACGCUGUCUACGGACGCGUCGCCCUCCGCGGACCUCAGCGACUCCGAGCUGGACGUGACCGGCACCGAACCCGUCGACUGCACCAAACCCAAAGACGACGACAAGGACAAGAAGCACGAGAAACCCGCCUACAGCUACAACGCGCUCAUCAUGAUGGCCAUCAGGAACAGCCCCGAGAAGCGGCUCACGCUCAAUGGAAUCUACGAGUAUAUCAUGACCAACUUCCCGUACUACAGGGAGAACAGACAGGGCUGGCAGAACUCCAUCCGCCAUAACCUCAGUCUGAACAAGUGUUUUGUGAAAGUGCCGCGGCAUUACGACGACCCCGGCAAGGGUAACUACUGGAUGCUGGACGCGUCGGCGGAGGAUGUGUUCAUCGGCGGCACGACCGGCAAGCUGCGGCGGCGGUCCGCGCUCAACGGCCGCUCGCGGCUGGCGUGCUUCAAGCGGCCUCUGUUCCCCGGCGCGGCGCUGCCCGGAGCUUACCCGCCGGCAUCCUACUCGCAGCUAGUUGGGCUGUACUCUCAACUGCUGUACCAAAGGUACGCGCCAAUGCAAAUGAAGACCCCGCCCGUGGCCCCCAGUGCAGUGCAUCCCGCGUUCCGUGACUCUGUGUCGUACGGCAGCCUGCCGUACUCCCCGGCAAUGUACGAGCGGCUGCCAUCGGCGCCGUUCCUCAGCCAGACGGCGCUGCUGCAAAGCGGUCCCCUCGCGCAGACGUCGGCCAUGCUGGCGCAGACGUCGCCGCUACUACCACCGUCGCCGCCGAUGCUGCACUCGCCUCCACCGUCGGGUUCGUCGAGUCCGGAGCUGCCGUCGCCUUCGCACCACGCCCUCACGCCGCACAUCUACAAGCCGGUGACUGUGCUGACGCGGCAGUGACUCUCGCGAUCUGAUGCUGAGCCAGUAACAGUGUUCUGACGUUUUAUUUAUCUGUGAUUUAGUUAUUAGUGUGGGACCAGUGGACAGGUAAUCUCCACAGUGCCACCGCCGAGCGUUAGCGAGCGCCGCGGUGCGCCGGCGCACAGCGGUGUCCAUAUCGACCUAGCAUUCCGCUAUUGUAAACACUUCCAAAGUUGUAUAUUUAUUUAAUAUAGAUAGGUUUAAGUUGAGAGUAUUAUAAUAAAACUAAAGUAUUGUUCGCCCUUUAAA